AACGACCUCUUAUCUUCUUCUUUUUUCUUUCGUUCAUUCAUUCAUUCGUUUAAUUGUUCAUCUUAAUAAUUGGUCGUCUUCAAUGUGAAAAUAUAUAUUUCCAAAAUUCUCCUCUCAAACAAUCUUCUCUAAUAUUUUAGAUUCUGAGCGAAGAGCCGACACUGACUGAGCUCAAAAUUUAUUCAUCUGUGUUUGAAGAGAGAGAGAGAAAGAGAGAUAAGGGUUUGUUGGGUGAGUCUCUUUCAAACACAGUAGAAAAAGGGAAAACGAUGGAUGUUUCAGCCUUUCAGGUUCUUCAUCAUGCUACUGCUACUGUUACACUGUAACUACAACAGAUCUUGUGAAAGGAUUAAGAUCAAACUUAUAUGGUAUGAGCAGAUCUAAGAGAAAAUAGGUCUGGAUUAAAUCUUGAAUAAAGAUAGCUAGAGAGAGAUCUUAUAAUUAAGCCCUUGAAAAAACAAUGUUGUCGGAAAUGUUCAGUUCUUCACAGUUGGCUCAGGCGGCAGCCACCACCACCACCGGAAUCUUGGAUAGUCAGAUCAUCACGUGGAAUCAUAGAUGGCAACAAAGGAUGCAAACGGCCGAUCAUGAAACCGACGAAAAACAACCGCAGAUAAACGCAGCCGAUGUUGAUUUCGUCAAUAAUCUUCAUCAAUACAACAACAACUAUAGUCAGCAAUGGCAUAAUUUUGUAGCCGACGAAACCAAUUCCCACUUUCGUGGGUUUCAUUCAGAAGAAUCCGGCGUUCAUCAGUAUAAUUGGAUACCUGGAAGCAGUACAAGUAACUGUGAAGAAGAUGAUCAUCAUCAAAAUUAUGAUCAUAAUAAUCAAGUUAGUAAUUAUCAUGGGCAAGGUUUGUCUUUAUCACUCUCAAAUUCAUCAGCAAUGAGACCUUUGGGAACUGGGCUGAUCAAAUUUGAGGAUGUAAGGAUGGGAAAUCAUGAUCAAGGUCAAUUUGUUGUCGGAUUUGGGGCGUCUCUUGAGAAGGUGAAUGUGAUGAGAAAUUCCAAAUAUGGGAAAGCUGCAAAGGAACUGUUGGAAGAGAUCUGCAGCACUACAAGUCUUGGGUUGACGAAGAACCAAAGUACAGUAAACCCUAAUUCUGGGAAGACAGUUGAUCCAUCUACUGAUCGGACGGCUGUGGGGUCUUGCUGCACCACUUCUUCCCUCUCAAAGGGGAAUUUUUCAACUCUUUCAGCUGCGGAUAAGAGUGAGUAUCAAAGGAGGAAGGUCAAAUUGAUAUCCAUGCUUGAUGAGGUGGACGGAAGAUACCGAAGUUAUAGAGAGAAAAUGCGAGGAAUGGUGAAUUCGUUUGACUCGGUGAUGGGAUAUGGAGGGGCAAAAACAUACACGACGAUGGCACAAAAAGCAAUGUCGAGGCAUUUUCGGAGUGUGAGGAACUCAGUGGUAGAACAAUUAAAGGCGACGUGUGAGAUGCUAGGUGAGAAGGAGGUUGGAGGUAGUUAUGGAAUAACAAAAGGGGAGACUCCAAGAUUAAAAGCGUUAGAUCAGUCGGUGAGACAACAAAAAGCGAUUCAACAAAUGGGAAUGGGGAUGUUGGGAGACUUGGAAGCUUGGAGGCCGCAAAGAGGUUUGCCUGAACGAUCUCUCAAUAUACUCCGGGCCUGGCUUUUCGACCAUUUCCUUAAUCCGUAUCCAAGCGAUGCAGACAAGCAUUUGCUGUCCCGACAGACAGGCCUAUCCAAGAAUCAGGUAUCAAACUGGUUCAUAAAUGCAAGAGUUCGUCUGUGGAAACCCAUGGUCGAAGAAAUGUACCAACGAGAUGCCAAAGAAGAAGAGCCUGAAACAACUGCCACAGAUACAGAGCAGAAGCUUAAUUCAGCCGACCAAGAUCAGACCGCAGCAUCGCCAUUAACGCAUUCCUCCUUAGAGGGUCCAAGCACCUUCUCCGCUCAAAGGGCGCCACAACAUGUGAUCAAUGCCCCCUCCUCUCAGGCAGACACUUUCAUCAUUAAUUCAAACGGAAACAAAUUCUUUGAUUCCUCUGCUCAAUCCUACCCUUGGCUGUCUGCAGAGGCUUCCGUCGUCAAUCCGUCAGAAUUUGUGUUUGGGAGAAUCAAUGGGGACGUUUCCCUCACUUUGGGACUCCGGCAUGCUGGGAAUGCGCAAGAAGGCCAGGUUCCGACUAGGGAAUUCAGAACCUGUUGAAAAUAUUUGAUUUUGAAAGUAGAAUUAAUGAAGGGGGACCAAGUUUUUUUGUUUUGUUUUAGAAAAUAAUAUAGUUGAAGUAAUGUUUGUCUUUGGUUUUGGAUUCUCUCUGCAUUCUACAACAUCAUAAAAUUUAGCUUAUGAAUAUGUUUAUAAAGGAGUGUAUAUGAAAAUUAAACUUAAUUAGGGAAAUUAAUAUGAUGUAAUAGUAAUUGUUAUGUCAAAACUUAAACAAUCACUUAUAUUGAAAUGCAUGUAUGUAUAAUGGUCUUU